ACAACAUGUAAACACAGUGGUUGGAGUACCUUAUAGUAGAUAGCUCUGAGUUUCCCUAGUUAAUGGUUAAGACAAGCAGAAUGGAUCGACGUUUCGUAGCUUUCGUUGUGCUCAUGUUCCAAUGCGUUUCUUGCGCGUACACAUCAAGUUGUGAACGAUGCUAUUUUGAGGACAAGGUUUUGAAUGAUCUACAGGUUAUUAAGGAAACUAUAGAAGGCAUUUGUUCAUCGAGUCCGACAUCAACAACAGAUUCCUCUACGACUUCAACAACUACAUCUGCGACUCCAUCAUGCCUCUCCGAUUGGGUGAAUUUUAAUGAGUCCUGUUACUUCUUCAAUACUGUUCCAUUAAGCUUCCUUGAUGCUGAGCGUGCUUGCCAAGAGAGGAACGCUCAUCUGGUUCACAUCAACGAUGCCUCCGAAAACGCCUUCGUGAAAGCACAUGCUCGUCUUACAAGAUAUGAUUACUGGUGGAUUGGUUUAACGGAUAUAUUCCAGGAAGGCGUUUGGAGAUGGAUAGAUGACUGGACACCAGCAGAUUAUCUUGAUUGGCUUACUGGCGGACCAAAUUCAGCCAGCGAACGUUGUGGAGAUCUCCUUUAUUUUGAAAACUUCGAUUGGAACGAUGCAACUUGUGGAUAUUCACUUCUUUCCAUCUGUGAGAAGCGGCUGUAGAUAAACUGCAUCGUUGGAGAUAAUAAACCUGUUUAAAUAAUACUUUAUGUAUUCAGCUUAAAUUAAAAAUUCGAACGUUACAGAUUGGCAUCGAUCUUCAUUGUGGAAAAUCAGCAUCUAAGCAACAUUACAAACUCAAACAUAUGCAUUUACGAACGUAAAAUGUAAAUGUUGUUGUUGUUUUCAUGAUAAAUUUAAUUAAACUAAUAACUCCAAUAUUACAGCUAACCAAACCAGCACUGAUCGUUUUAAAUUUACCGCGAGUACCUGCAAUUUUAGCACGUGGUAACAUUAAUUGAUAGUAUAGUUAGCUGCGCAAGUGCGGCCUUCUAUUUUUAUCCAAUCCUGUAACGCACUACAUAUUCGAUAUAGGCAAUAUUUGAAUUCUUCCUGCAAUUUGCCUACUGUCAGUUAAUUUUUUUCUGCGAUUAACAAUACUUGGAUUAAGGCCAAGAAACAUGUCAUUUUCCAAUCAAUGAGAGUAUCACUUUAAGGUUUCCUUUUAUGAAAACAACUCCUUGAUUCUGAAACGUUGCCGUACAUCUAAUACUACUCCGGGUUAAACAUUCCGGAAUUAUCUAGCAUGUUAGCUAAAUAACGCUUACAAAAAAUGAAGGUUUUCAUUGAUUUUGCUUGUCAAACAUUUUUGAAAGUAACUAAUUUAUCGGCUAGAACAAAAUAAAAAAUCCGCCGUAAAGUAAAAAAAAUCCGCAAAAGACAGAACUAUGUUUUCUUUAAUGUAGGCAAUGAUGACCUUGAAACUCUCGCCAGCCAACACUUAUUUUAAGCCAAGAUCUUGUUUAACAAGAAACACACGGGCAUAAGACGACAAACUCAGACACAAAUACGUUCAAUUAAAUGUUGCAUUUUCAACCUUACCUACAUACUAGGAACUGUCAGUGAAAGUAGAACUUUUCAACAUUUACAGAGGAGGUCAUUUUGAUUGUAAUAUUAUGCUUGAUGUUUGUAGCCUUGUACAUGUAGCUUGUUGGCCCUUUGUUUUAAAUCAUUUUAGUGGAAAGGUUUUAAGCUGUGUAAGUCCCAGUUUCCAUGAUUUUAUUUUUUAAAUUAAGGUUUGAAUGCUAUCCAUUUCUUUCUAUUAAAUGGACACCUGAUAAACAAUUCAAUUAAUUCGAAAAACUAGAACCUUUGAAAUUACGAACUACAUUCAAAGUAUGUGACUACCCCUGCCGGUUUGCUUAACAGUUCCUUGACAGUAAUAAAAGAUGCUACACAUUUAUACUGUGCUAAUGCUUUAUGUUUUAUAAAAUAAAAACUGAUUCUAUCUGUUUCUGCUUUAACUACUAAUGGUUACACUUAAUGUACCAAAUUCACUGUGACUAUGGCAGAAUAAGAUGUUUUAAACAAUGAUUGCAAUACAUGAAAAUGUUCACUGUUUUUGCUUUAUACAAA